GCAAAAUUAUGAACUGAAAAAGAAUGACAAAUAUAAAUGAAAUGUCAAAUAAGUCUAAUUUGUUCAACUGGAUAAUUGAUAACAUUGAGGAAGGGGCUAUAGAUGAAUCAAUUGAUUUAAUAGAUAUUAAAGAAAAAACUGCAGCUGAAGGGACAUCAGUUGGAAAUUUAAUAAAACAAAUAUAUAAAAAUGUGAAGGUGAAAAAUGCACGCAGCAAAAGUAACUGGUGCAAAAUGACCAAACGUUACUUUGGUAUAAAGUGGAAAAUUAAUACACCAGUUGUGCUAGAUAUAAGCACAUUUGGAACACAUAUCCCCAUUGAUUUUGUCUUGUUAUCAAAAACUUUAAGCUGUAUAACUAUAGGUCAUUUUAACAAAACCAUAAUAAAUGGAUUGAAGGUGCUUACUGAAGCUCAGUUAAAAUUGGACCAAACUUGGACUUUAAUGGUUAUGGGUAAAAAGAUAGACCCUGUUAGCUUAGGGGUAGACAAAACAUUUAAUUUACCAUCAUGUUUUGAAAUAAUAAGACAGUUGCGUUAUUGUAAUGGUGUUGAGGAAGUUGAUGAGUCAAUGCAAAAUAAAGACUUCUUAAAAGAGCAUGUUUCAAAACUUUUUGAUGAAAACUCAGAACAAAUUAGAUACAGGUCAAAAUUAUGUCAAAAGGUGCUCCCAUUUAAAAAAUCACACAAAGCAUCAGCAUCAUGUGUGCAUUGUAAAUGUUUGGAAAAAGCAGUUAUUGUUAAAAAUUUUCAACUUGAAGAAACAACGAAAAAACCUUUGAAUGAGAAUUUAAAUUCCACAAAUGCAACUUGCAUAAGAUCAAAUACAGAUCAGGAUGUAAUACUAUCUACAGAAGAUAAUAAUGACAUGUCAGAAAUUCUAACAAAAAUUUUCCCUGAAUGUAGUGAUAAAAUGAAAUUAUUUUUAAUGUCGCAGAAAAUGGCAAUUGAAAGAAACCCACAUGGAAGGCGUUGGAACAGAGACAUCGUUCGUCUGUGUCUAACAUUAUGGUGCAGAAGCCCUAAGGGGUAUACAGAACUUAGAAAUAGUCAGUUUGUCAUCCUCCCUUCUGAGAAAUUACUACAAAGAUUUAAAAAUACUGUAAAUCAAGAAGCUGGAAUAAAUAAUGAUAUGCUUCAUUGGAUGGCAAAUGAGGCCAAGCUAAAAAAUAUACCACCCGAGGGUUAUGAAGGUGGGCUCAUUAUUGAUGAAAUGUCGAUUCAGCAAGAUCUACAGUUAAAAAAGAUAAAUGGAAAAAUAGAAUUGAUUGGAUUUACUGAAUUAUCUCCAGAGUCAGUAGUUUUUGAUAAAUUGAAAUCCAACAAGAACGAAAGAAUUUUAGCGAGUCAUGCACUUCAACUUGUAUUCCUAGGGUCGACAGGUUUUCGGUUUCCUUUCGCACAUUUUCCUGCAAGCACUGCAUCUGGACAUGAACUCUAUUUAUUAGUAUGGCAAUCUGUGAAUAGGUUAAUGAACUUUGGGUUUAAAAUCAUGUUUGUUAGCACUGAUGGGGCACAGACUAAUAGAGACCUCUUUAAGCUUUUAAUGCCUGAAUUUAGUUCUGCCAAACCAGUAACAUGCUCCUUUAAUAAUAUUUACAGUAAUGAUAAGAUAAGUUUCAUCAUGGAUGUUUCUCAUGUUAUUAAAAAAAUUAGGAACAAUAUCUUAAAAAGUGGAAGUGAAUCUCAAUGUAAAAGACAUAUGAAGUUUGAAGGUAAUUUUAUUGAAUGGAAUCAUUUCAAAAGGGCUUAUUCAUGGGAUAUUUCAACCCAUCCCUUUCCAGUGCAUCAUAAAUUGUCACAAGAUCAUUUUUAUCUGACAUCAGAGGCAAAAAUGCGCAAUCACUUAGCAGAAGAUGUACUGAAUGCUGAUAUGUAUCAUUUGAUGAAGCUGUAUCAACAAACUUUGGGAGAAUCAGGCUCUAUGUUAAAUGCUACUGUCAAAUUAUUGUCAAAUACAAGUGUUCUGAUAGCAAAUUUUAGGGAUAAUAGGGCUAUAACUGACUUAAGUGAUGACAGAUUAAGACAGAACCAUGAUGUAAUGGAUUUUUUCAUUAAAUGGGAAAAAAGUAUUCAAUUGGACACAACUGUCAAGCAAAAAGAAAUGUGUAUGAUAUCUCACCAAACCAGGCAGGACAUAGUUUCAUGUAUUUUAGGAUUUGAAGAAUAUUGUCAGUAUAGGUUAAAAAACAACAAUGCCUCUGUUAUCCCCAGUAGACUAAAUAGUGACGUUAUUGAGAACGUAUUUUGCCAACAGCGCACUUUACAUAGUGGCGCCAACACAAAUCCUACAUACCUUGGUUACUGUCAUGCAAUGAACUCCGUCAUCUUGGGCCAAACAACAGUGUCAAGAAAAUCAAAUACUGGUGGUGAUACAGCACAACCUCCAACACAACAAAAUCAAGUAAAGUCAGUGUUGAAGGAGCAGUCCCAGACAAACUAGUUUCUGGUUCAGAAGAAACAUGUAGAGAGCCAGAGGGCCCAAUCAUGUCAUCAUGCACUGAUUGUUCAGAGACAGGCACAGACUGAGAGAUCCCACUAGGUCCGGGCUGAGGUUCAUAAGAAUCAGGUAUAUUUAGAGUUUCAAUACAUGUAUCACUAUCUAAUAUUUUCUUUGCCAAAACAUUGGUAAUUUCUUCUUUCCUUUUCUGGGAGGAAAUUUUAAUUUUAAUGUCUUUGCAAAUUAGUAAUAAGUCUUUUUUGGUGAAAGAGUAGUCAUUUAAAUAUUUUGGAUUCUGAAGAAGUUCUGAUUUAAGACGCAAGAAGGAUGACUGUUUAUUGGUUGAUUUGUCUUCGGUAUAAAAUUUCAUGUCAAACUUUUUGAUAGAUUUCUUUCCCUUUUCAGUCACUUUUUUUCUCAAUGCCUUUCCUUUUUCUCUUUUUAAAAAAGCCAGAAAAUCUCUUCUAAACUGACUCAAGCUUACUUUCAGAAACAAAGUCACAACUGACUGGAAUAAAAUGAGAAAGUUGUCAACAGCUGUUGCCAUGGAAUUAAGUAAUGUGCGAAUGUCAUGGUCAUUCUCACAUUCAUCCUCAGAAGAGGUGGUAACGGAUGAGGUCACGCACAUUAACCAUGCCUCAUAUAACUCGUAGUCAUCAAACAGUUGCUUUAAAGAAUCAUUAUACAAAUUUUUACCAUAUAUGACUAAAUUUUCAUGGGUCAAUUUUUGGCGGCAUUGAAUUUCAAGCUUUUGAAAAAAAUCAAAAGCAGAGUCAGAAAUAUUUGUUAGUCCCUCACGCUGAUUUUGUUUACGCUUAAUUUCAUCUAAACUAGUUUUAUCAGUAGAUACAUCUACUAACUCACCAAAGGUACAGCACAUUGAAUUCAAAAUGUUCAUUUUAUUUUGUAAAUCUUUCAGUUCCUUUUCUUUACCUUUUGCAAAUAAUGAGUUUCUUAUCUUCUGUGACAAAUUGUGCUUUAAUUUUGCAAUCACAUACCCACUGAUAUAUCUAAUUUUGCCCUUUCCAGCAGGAUCUAACUCUUGAGUUAAAGAUGGUUUAGGUAAGGGUUCAGGUGAAGUCAGAUGCAGAUGAGAAGAUAAAGUUUCAAAAAACUUUCUUUCAAUGUAAAAUAAUACAGAUGUUAAAAGUCUAUAAGCUGGACCUUUCAAUUCUUGUAGUUCAUACUUUUUAAGCAGAACAGAAGUGCUACAUUCAUAUUCUUCUGAAUUUAUGUGUUUAUUGAAUUUAAUAAAAAAAUCAUUCCUAUGCUUCUGAGUGUAUUUAUCCUUAUCUUCAGGGAAGCAGU